AAACAAAGCUGAAGAAGGGAAGAAAGAAUGUGGGUUUCUCAGCCCCAGAGAAAGUGUGUAGCCACCCCACCUCCCUCCCUCUGUGUGGCUUUGGAGACAGCAGGCUUCAAAUUCCCUCUCCUGUAGGAACUUGGGACAUCCCCUGAGAAGACAGCUGAAGAUCCCCCACGUUCCCUGAGGCCGGGAAAGGACAGUCACUGCUGACUGGUUUUAUCCCUCUGUGACCCCCGAUUUCACCAGGGAGGCUGAGGCCUGGGCCCCGGGUGAUCUCCCCCGGCUCCAAAUCACCGAACCCUCCCAGGUCCCACGCCAGACGGAGCCAGGUCCCCACCGGGAAGGGCCUCAGAGCACCGGGACGCCAACACCGCUGCCUUGCAGACCAGAUUGGGGGCGAAAGAUGGCACUGACUAGCCACAGCUGGCUCUUCCUCAGUGCCGCUUUCCUGAGUGUGGGGGCCGAGAUCUCUAUCACCCCCGAGCCUGCCCAGCCAGCCGAGGGGGACAACAUCACACUGACUGUCCACGGGCUUCUGGGGGAGCUGCUUGCCUACAGCUGGUAUGCAGGGCCCACUCUCAGCCUGAAUUACCUGGUGGCCAGCUACAUCGUGAGCACGGGCGACGAGACCCCUGGCCCAGCCCACACAGGGCGGGAGGCUGUGCGCCCCGACGGCAGCCUGGACAUCCACGGCGUCCUGCCCAGGCACUCGGGCACCUACAUCCUGCAGACUCUCAACAGGCAGCUACAGACGGAGGUGGGCUACGGACACUUGCAGGUCUAUGAGAUCCUGGCCCAACCUGUGGUCAUGGCCAAUGACACGGCACUGGUGGAGCGCCGAGACACCCUGCGCCUGACCUGCAGCAGCCCCAGCCCCGCUGAGGUCCGCUGGUUCUUCAAUGGCGAAGCCCUGCCCAUCGCCAUCCGCCUCGGCCAGUCCGCCGACGGCCGGGUGCUGACCCGGCACGGCGUCCGCAGGGAGGAGGCUGGAGCCUACCAGUGUGAGGUCUGGAACCCGGUCAGUGUCAGCCGCAGCGAGCCCAUCAACCUGACUGUGUACUAUGGCCCAGAACGCGUGGCCAUCCUCCAGGACUCUACCACCCGCACGGGCUGCACCAUCAAACUUGACUUCAACACGUCCCUCACCCUGUGGUGUGUGUCCCAGUCCUGCCCAGAGCCCGAGUAUGUGUGGGCGUUCAACGGGCGGGCCCUCAAGAACGGGCGAGACCACCUCAACAUCAGUAGCAUGACCGCGGCCCAGGAGGGCACAUACACGUGUAUUGCUAAGAACCCCAAGACCCUGCUUUCCGGAUCCGCCUCAGUGGUGGUCAAGCUCUCUGGCUGGGUCUCAUCCAAAGGGUGGAUACUCUUUCACCCAAAGCAGAAAUGGCGUCCCCAGAGCCGCAGCAGUCGCCAUGACAAUCGUGCCUGUGCCGACCAAGCCGAUGGAGGGCCAGGAUGUGACCCUGACUGUCCAGGGCUACCCCAAGGACCUACUGGUCUAUGCCUGGUACCGCGGGCCUGCCUCAGAGCCCAACCGGCUGCUCAGCCAACUGCCGUCUGGGAACUGGAUCGCAGGCCCCGCGCACACAGGCCGGGAAGUGGGCUUCGCCAACUGCUCGCUGCUGGUGCAGAAGCUGAACCUCACGGACGCCGGCCGCUACAUGCUCAAGACCGUCACGUUGCAGGGCAAGACCGAGACGCUGGAAGUGGAGCUGCAGGUGGCCCCCCUGGAGUAGCAGCACAGCUGUGGCCGUGGGAACCUCGGAGAGAAGAGCUCUUCAUGCCACCCAUCACCCCCAUCUCCUCCCACCGGGUGGAGGACCACUUGCUCCCAGUGAGGAUGCCAGACUGACCGUGGUCAGCCGUUCUCCUGCUUCCACACUAGAGUUAGAACUGACAGGGCCCUACUCCCUCGCUGAGUUGUCGGAGAGCCACAGAGACCAUAAAUGUCCUGGUUAACACA